UUACAGUCUAUCUAUAUAUAUAUUUUGUUUGUGUAAUCGUAAGUUCGAAGUUAUCGUUUGAGUAAUUUGUUUGAGAACAAUUUAACAACUUCAACUUCUAUAAAUUUGCCUUGGUGAUUGUGGAGUGUGGACUGCUAAAAGUCCAAAAGAGAAAAAGUAUAUACUUCAGUCUCUGUCCGGAAUAUCAACCAAGACUAAUACUUAUCUUUGCUAAUACUAGAAACGCUGCCGAACGUAAAGGUUCGUUCCGUACCAACUCUCUCAAACUUAUUGGAGUACCAUUUAUAUGAAAAUCAUUGUACAGUCUUAUCUGUAGACUUUACAAUGAUGAAAACUCCCCACCGUGUACUUAGGAUGGCGGUCGUUGACAAAACGCGCUCUCUUGAUGUAUUAUAAAUUUUACUUGCUUUUUUGCCUCACCGAACGCGAUUAGGUAAUAUUCAGUAACUAGCGUUACUGCCCAUCAGAUCACCGAACAAAACUAAUACGAUGGUUAGUUUAUCUUGAAUUCACACGAUAGUUAACUUAAAAAAUCAACUCAAAUAUUAGUGGAUAUAAUGGCGCCAUGCAUGGACAACAUAUUUUAAAAUUUAAAGACUCGACAGACUCUAUACUUAGAAAAAAAAACCCUGGAAACCGAAUUGAAGCAAUAAGAACAUUUCAAAGAGAGGAUAACACUUUCUGUGUCAAUGAUACCAGAAUGAUAUAUGAAAGAGAAACUUUUCCUUCACAUGGAGAUACAAUAAUGAAAUUAGAAGUAGAAAUUUUGCCGGAAGUUUUAAAGGAUGCGGUAAAAAAUUAUCCAUACAACGAUCCUGGCAAUGAUUUUAAUACAUCUGAAGUUUUAAACACAAACAGGUGCAAAUUCCAAACAGACAUAAGGACUUCUUCGAGAUGUUUUUUUAAGCUGCGUUCUACAGAUCCGUCUAUUGUGAUUGGCUUUAUUGAGAUUUUUGAACGCCAUCCUUGUCAGUGGAAUCCCCAUCACUAUUACUUUGGACAUAAGGAUAAAAGAGAUGAGAGUGCGGUAGAAAUUUGUAAAGAAAUGGCAGAUGUCUUUAAUUUACGUAUAUCACCUAAAUUAGCACGAUCAAGUAUCCUAUUCUUGAUUCGAUGGUUCGAAUGCGAAUUUAUCCGUUCGAAAGAGCUACCUAUAAAAGGUCGUUCCAGCGAUAAUGGUUAUGUAGGUGCACAUCCGGAUUAUUUUAGAAAAUUAAUUGAAUUUCUUCCUCACACUCAUUUGAAACUAGUCCAUUGUGAUAAAUGUAAGCGUAAGUUUAAAUCGCAAAAUCAGCUUUUAGUCCACAACCACCAGGCACAUGGAGGUGAAAUGCCUUUCAAAUGCAAUUAUUGUAAACGGUAUUUUCUUCAUGCUUCUACCUGGAAACAUCAUGAAAAUAGACAUACUAAAAGUCAUGUUUGGAAAUGCACUGUAUGCCCCCAUGAAAGUACUACAAAAACUGAUCGCAACAUACACAUGGUAACUCACUCCGAUAUACGUGCAUACGUUUGUGAUUUGUGCGGAGCGUCCUAUAAGAGUAGUACAAGUUUAAAUGUACAUAUUCGUACUCACAACGCACCAAGAUUGCAAUGCACAUUAUGCAACCAAAGGUUUUACGAAAACUAUCGACUGAAACGUCACUUAUUGAUCCACGAAGUUGAGACUUCAGUUGAAGCAAUUAUAAAUAAAGCAAUAAACUAAUAACUUUUAUGCAAACGAAA